AUGAGAGUCGGAGAAGACAGAUCGCGAAGCUUUCUGUUUGUUAUAAACCAGAGCUUUCUGAUCGACGAUUUGUAUGCUAGAGUUUUCGAUGUUCAAUGUUUGGGCCCUUUAGUCGGUGGGUUCUGGCCGACGGUAAGGACUCAAAGGGGGAAGAUGGAAAGCUUGGUUGAUAAUGGUGAUGGGGUGUUAGAUCUAAACUGGAGUUUCUACAAUGAGAAAUGCGAUAGAGAGAAGGGAAGCCGGAGCUUCACAUCUAUGGGAGGUCGUAUUGACAAAGAAGUGAAUACAGGGAGGGCGCCUCCAAUUUUUAGGUUGAAUGGACAAAAUUUUCAUUUGUUGGGUAGUUUGUUACCUAUUGAAGGAAAUCGACCUAAAUUUGCACAAUUAUACAUUCAUGACCCUGAAAAUGAGAUGUGUAAUCGAUUGAACUCUGUCAGGGGGAAUAAUGAUCUCAACAAACUAGAUGAAGAUAUUGUUUUUGACCUUCAAUUAACAUUGGAUGAAAAUAACGUUCUAAUAAAAUCAUUCCGGAUGGCUCGCGAUGCAAUAGUUACCAAUCCGACUGUGGAAGUUAGGAUGAAAUUGAUAGGGAAGCGUAGCCAAGAUGCCAAAACAUAUAAUUUGCCAACAGUGUCAGAGGUUGCAGCUAUAAUUGUUGGUGAUCUGGAUCCCACGUUGGGUCAGCGAGAUAUAUUGAUAGAAACAAGAUCGGGUGUGCUAAAAAGAAUUAGUGAGCUUAAUCCUGCAUAUCUCCCUCUUCAGUAUCCAAUUCUGUUUCCAUAUGGUGAAGAUGGUUAUAGAGAAGAUAUUCCUUUUAAUGUUGAACAAAAUAUUCAUACAGGAAGAAGGCAUAGUAUUUCUCUUCGUGAAUACCUAUCAUUUCGUAUUCAUGAACGAUGUGGUGAGAUUUCAACAUUUCUAUUUGCGAAAAGAUUGUUCCAACAAUUUUUAGUCGAUGGGUAUAUGAUGGUGGAAUCUGGGAGAUUGUUGUAUGUCCGUACGCAUCAACAGAGUCUACGUUGUGGAUCUUAUAGAGGUUUGUUUGACGCAUUGACUCGUGGGGAAAUUGAACCUGGAACUCAAGGUCGACGAAUUGUUUUACCUUCUAGCUUUACGGGUGGUGCACGGUAUAUGGUUCAAAAUUAUCAAGAUGCAAUGGCAAUUUGUGCUUGGAUUGGUUAUCCAAAUUUGUUCAUUACAUUUACAUGUAAUCCAAAAUGGCCAGAAAUACAACGCUUUUUAGAGCAAAGGCUAUUAAAACCAGAAGACCGGCCCGAUAUUUUGUGCCGCGUUUUUAAAAUGAAAUUGGAUUGCUUAAUAAGAGAGCUUCGUUCAGGAACUGUUUUCGGUAAAAUUUUGGCAGUGAUUUAUACUAUUGAAUUUCAGAAGCGCGGGUUACCACAUGCACACAUACUAUUGUUCCUUGAUCGUGUUGAUGCUAACGCGCUCAGUGAUGAUAUCGAUUCCAUUAUUUCAGCCGAGAUUCCAAGUAUGGAUGAUGAUUUAGAAUAUUACCAAGCUGUUGAGGAGUUUAUGAUACACGGUCCAUGUGGUGUUGCCAACAAAAAAUCUCCGUGCAUGGUUAAAGGCCGUUGUUCAAAACACUUCCCAAAGAAAUUUAUAGAAUCUUCAGUUAUUGAUUCCAGUGGUUACCCUAUUUAUAGGCAUAAGGAUGAUGGCAGGACAAUUCUGAAAAGUGGUGUUGAGCUGGAUAAUAGAUUUGUUGUGCCCCACAAUAGAUAUUUGCUGCUGAAGUAUAGAGCACACAUUAAUGUUGAGUGGUGUAGUCAAUCUCGGUCAAUAAAAUAUUUGUUUAAAUAUGUCAACAAAGGCAAUGACCGAGUUACUGCACAGUUUUAUAAGAGCACUAAUUCUGAAGAUAGUAGCGAAGUUAUUGAUGAGAUUAAUAUGUAUUAUGAUUGCCGAUAUAUUUCUCCGUGUGAAGUUAUGUGGCGUUUGUUCAGCUAUGACAUCCAGUUCCGUAAUCCCUCUGUAGAACGGUUAAGCUUCCAUCUGCCGAAUGAACAAAACAUUGUUUUUGAUGAUGACUUAUCUAUUGAGAAUGUGCUUGAAAGACAAACAAUUAAGAGUAGUAUGUUUUUAGCAUGGUUUGAAGCUAAUAAGAGGUAUCCCCGAGCUAGGGAAUUGACCUAUAGAGAAAUGCCUCAUUGUUUUGUGUGGAAAAGAAAAGAACGUCAAUGGCAACCAAGAAGAUGUGGUUUUGCUAUAGGCCGUAUGUUUUAUGUGCCACCUGGUACUGGUGAGAUCUUCUAUCUUAGGUGUUUAUUUAAUUUAGUUCGUGGUCCAAUAUCUUUUGAAGAGAUUCGCAAUGUUGAUGGGAUUCAAUAUUCAUGUUUCCGUGAUGCGUGUUAUGCUCGUGGUUUGAUUUGUGAUGAGAAGGAAUAUGUUGAUGCAAUACUUGAAGUAAGCCAUUGGUCCACUGCCUCAGCUCUUCGCCGUUUAUUCGUGACUUUGUUAACGUCUAAUUGUUUAUGCCAACCUGAAAAAAUUUGGGAUGUUGUUUGGCCACUUCUAUGUGAUGAUGCAGAGUUCAAUCGGCGACGAGAGUUACAAAAUCCAGAUUUAUUAUUAUCAGACGAUGUGAAGAAGGAGUAUGGUCUGCUUGAAUUAGAGAAACUUUUGUCGACAUGGAGUAAGAGUUUGGGGGAUUACCCGUGUAUGCCCGUUCCUGAAUUGUCUAGCUUGGCUAAUUCUCAUAAUCGAUUAUUGUUAGAAGAAUUGUCAUAUGAUUGUGCAUUGCUGAGCAAUGAACAUGAUGACAUGGUAGCAAAGCUAACUACCGAGCAGAGAGAUGUUUACGACACAGUUAUCGGAGCUGUUUCUGGUACAACAGGUGGUUUGUUUUUUGUUUACGGUUAUGGAGGUACUAGGAAGACAUUUGUGUGGCGCACUUUGUCGGCUGCACUUCGAUCACAGCGCAAGAUAGUUCUAAAUGUGGCAUCCAGUGGUAUUGCAUCAUUAUUAAUGACUGGAGGGCGCACUGCGCAUUCACGAUUUGCAAUACCGAUUAUUGUGAAUGAGGAUUCCACGUGUAAUAUAUCACAGGGGAGUGAUUUAGCUGAACUGAUCAUCAAAUGUAGUUUAAUUAUUUGGGAUGAAGCUCCUAUGAUGCAUAAACACUAUUUUGAAGCAUUAGAUAGAACCAUGCGAGAUUUGUUACGAUUUACAAAUCCAUUGUGUCCUAAUUUACCAUUUGGAGGGAAGACUGUUGUACUAGGAGGUGAUUUCCGCCAAAUAUUGCCAGUGAUACCAAGGGGUGGUAGACAGGAUAUUGUUGGUGCUGCUAUUAAUUCUUCGUAUUUGUGGGCUCAUUGUACGGUUUUGAGAUUGACACAGAAUUUGAGAUUGCAGAGUGUUGGUACUGAUGAUGAAAGACAAGAGUUAUCUACUUUUGCUAAUUGGAUUGCUUCAAUCGGUGAUGGUGAAGCUGGUGGACCAAAUGAUGGUGACGUAGAGGUUCUCAUUCCACAUGAGAAUUUGUUGCAUACAAAUGGUGAUCCAAUCCAAUGA